AUGUGGGGGGGCGUCUGCUGGCUCGUGGCCGCCUUGCAGGUGGGGCUGGGGGCCGCCUGGGGGCCGCGGGCAGGUAAGUGGCCCCGGGGGAAGGGGCUUGGGGGGCUGGCUCAGUGGGGCAGCCUGCCUGCCUGCCUGCCUGCUUGCUGGGGGGCAGCAGCUGCAGCCCCUGGAGGGGCCCUAUCCUGCCACUCUGGCCUGGACCUCCUCUGCUAGGGGAGAAGGGAAGAGCUCGCUGGUGUCCCUGGGAUGGAAAGACAAAAAGGGAACUUUAAUCUGCAUUAAUUCCUGGUUUUAGGAUUCCUGGUUUGGGAUUUGAAAUCCUCCAGAGGCUGAAAGUCCCUCCAGGGAGAUGGUCCCCCCCCCUUUUCCCCUUCUUCUUCUUCUUCUUUCUCUCUCUCUCUCUGGAUGGGUUCCAGCUUUUGAGCAUUACCUCUGAGGAUCCGAAUGCGGGUUAUGCAAUCCAGAUCUACGUCAGCUGUUCCCAAGCUUUUUUGGGCCGCCGCCCCCUCAGCUCCACCAACUCAUCCCCUGUGCCCACUGCCCUAUAAAAAGCAGUAUUCUCAAGAGCGGUUUGCAUAACCCACGAAGAAGGAUAAUCACACGACUGUAGCAUUGGAAGGGGACUAAAGGGCCAUCUAGUCCAACCCCCCGUGAUGCACAAUAAUGCCAUGAAAUUCAAAAUGGUUGCAAUUAUUCAAAGUCCAGUUAAAGAUUAAAUCAGCAGAAUGGAUGAUCUUAGUGCUGCCAGCUUGCCAAAGCCUGAUAGGGGCAUGGACACGUCUUGCCAAGGGUGCCUGGGUGUCGCAGAGCUGCUGCCAACAAACUUCCAUCUCUUUCAGAGCCCAGUACAGCCAACUGGUCAGCAGGAUCGGACCCUCCCAGCCCCAGCCCUCUGACAUGGACCACGCCACUCCCCAGGUCAACGGCCAGCAGUGGGGCUGCUGCCCCAGGAGAGCAGGGUAAAGCUGAGCGGCUCUUUGCUUGGGGGUGAGACUUGGGGGUGCAGUUAGAGGAAGCCUCCCUAGCCUGGGGGCCAUGCAGUCGUUUCACACUACAACUCCCAUCAGCCCCUGCCUCCUGCCUCCAUGCUGGCUGGGGAUCCUGGGAGAUGUAGUCCCAAACACAGAAUCCCAGAGGCCAUCCAAUCUCCACUUAAAAACUUCCAAGGAAGGAGAGCCAACAAUCUGCUCCACCGUCAAACAGCUCUUGCCCGUAGGAAGUUAUUCCUAAGGUUUAGUCGGAAUCUCAUUUCUUGCCAUUUGAAGCCAUGGGUUCGAGUUCUGCCUUCUGGAGCAGCAGAAAGCAAAAAUUUGAAGGUGGCUCUCACGUCCUCUCUCUGCCUCCUCCAGCAGAGAUGCUCCCCCCUUUGGUUUCAUCAAACCUAACACAGGUGAGGGGAACCUUUGGCCCUUCCCCUCUUCCCGAACUACAACUCCCAGCAAGCACAGCAGCGGGAGUUGUAGUUCAGCAACGCCUGGAAGAGGCUCUCCAGUGUUUGAAAUUCCCUUUCCCAUGGGGGGGGGGGUGUCUUGCUGUCUUCUGACUCUCUGUGUUCCCGCAGAGCCCCCCGCCUGCAGGGGAGAGGAGGACUGCCCCCCUUGGAGCAGCUGCGAGGAGCAGGCCGGGCGCAACUCCUGCCGCUGUGGGCUGGGCUACCACCUCAGCCCCACCCUGGGCUGUGUGCCAGGUAAGGGGGCAGAGCUUGGGUUCGGGGUUCGAAUUGUGUGUAUGGGGGUGAGUGGGCUGGCCUUUCUGAGCACCCUUACGGAGGGAGCGCGGAGCAAGGGCCCUCCUUGAUUGAUUGAUGAUUGAUUGCCUUUAUAUUCCACCUUUUUCUCCAAAUAAUAAUAAUUAUUUAUACCCCGCCCAUCUGACUGGGUCUCCCAGCCACUCUGGGCGGCCUCCAACCAAAUAUCAAAAACAAUACAGCAUCAGACAUUGAAACUUCCCUAAACAGGGCCACCUUCAGGUGUCUUUUAAAAGUAAAAUAGUUGUUUAUUUCCUUGACAUCUGACGGGAGGGCGUUCCACAGGGUGGGCGCCACCACCAAGAAGGCCCUCUGCCUGGUUCCCUGUAACCUCACUUCUCUCAAUGAGGGAACUGCCAGAAGGCCCUUGGAGCUGGACCUCAGUGUCUGGGCUGAACGAUGGGGGUGGAGAGGCUCCUUCAGGUCUACUGGGCCUUUGAGGCCAUUUAGGACUUUAAAGGUCAGCACCAACACUUUGAAUUGUGCUCGGAAAACGUACUGGGAGCCAAUGUAGGUCUUUCAAGACCGGUGUUAUGUGGUUUCGGCAGCCACUCCCAGUCACCAGUCUAGCUGCCACAUUCUGGAUUAGUUGUAGUUUCUGGGUCACCUUCAAAGGGAGCCCCACAGAGAGCGCAUUGCCGUAGUCCAAGUGAGAGAUAACUAGAGCAUGCACCACUCUGGUGAGACAGUCCGCAGGCAGGAAGGGUCUCAUCCUGUGUACCAGAUGGAGCUGGUAUAACAUUGCCCCCAGCUCCCAGCCCCUCAAGACGGUCCAGAAGGCUGUUAUGGUUGAUGGUAUCAAAAGCCACUGAGAGAUCCAGCAGAACUAGGAAACGGCUCUCACCUUUGUCCCUAGCCGCUCCAAAGAGCUGAAGGUGACUGCCUCUUAAUCCCCCCAACAGCCCUGCAAGGUAGGCUAGGCUGAGAGAUUGUGACCGGCCCAAGGAGCCAGCCCCUUCCUGCUGCUUAAGUCCAGGGGUCAAGUAAAGUCACAGAAAGCCAAGGGGGUCUCUGGGAUCAUAGAACCGGAAUUAACAGUUGGGAGGGCCCUCCAAGAGUCAUCUAGUCCAACCCCCUGCAAGGCAGGAAUCAGCUAAAGCUGAAGGCUGAAUGUGGGCCUUGCUGCUUACACUCACAGAAUUAUUGUAGAGUUGGAAAGGCUCCCAAAGGUCAUCUAGCCCCCUCCGCAAAUAAGAUAUUUUACUAUUUUAUCACUUGCUGCUUCCCUCCCUGGUCUCCUUUGGGAGGGCGGAUGAGUUUAAAUGUAAAAUGCAAAGAAAUAAUGUCCUGUAGGGACCUCUGGGACAGACUCUCCUUCCCUGGAGGCUUUUAAGCAGAGGUUGGAUGCCUGUCUGUCAGGGAUGCUUGAGCGGAGAUUCCUGCCUUGCAGGGGGUUGGACUGGAUGACCCCUGGGGGUCCCUUGCCAUUUGACCAUUCGAGGGUUCUGUGAAAAAUCGGGAGCAUCAGGGAGGACAACUGAAGGACAGGCCUGCGGCUUGAGAUGGAGGGGAGAGCGAUGGCCUCACCUGUCCUCUAGAGGGCGACGGUGGUCCUCUCCUUUUCUGGAUGGGGGAAAGGGAAGUUUGGAGAAGCUGCUUUUCCUCUCUCUUGUGGGGCUGCAGAGGCUCCCCCCCCCAUUUCCUCUGCCUCCAAUGGGCUCCCCCUCCUGGUGUGGAGAGCUGGGCAUACAUGGCGUUGGCCACAAUCCACACCUCUCCUGCGGAUUCAUGAGAAAUAAGUGUUUUGAGGUGCUUCCCCCCCAAAAGCCACAUCCAAUCUGAUUUGAAAAUGUCAGCCAUAUGAAGACCCCUGUGCCCCCCUCUCCACCCACGGGGGGGGGACGGGGGGGGCGGGACAGACAGAUGGACGGCAAAUGUGUCCAAUGACAGGGAAAUGCGGUGGGGAAAGGGACCACGAAUGGGUGCGCAGCCUCAUUCUGCAUGUGGACCCUUGGGCUGCAGCCUCUCCCCCCCCCCCAUAAAUAUCCCCCCACACUGACGUCCGCUUGGCUCCAUUUCAAAGGAUGGGGGGGUUGGACUAGAUGACCCCUGGGUCUCUCCCAGCGCUACGAUUCCGUGAGCAGCCUUUCUCCAGCCUGGUUGAAAAGGCAGCAUGAAAACAAAAAAGGAAUGGCAAGACAAACUGUAAGAGUCUAUUGCGCUGGCUAGAUUAAGAGAGGCAAUUAGAGGUCACACUAGACAAGAGUUUCAAAAAGCCUGGGGGAAAUGCAGAGAAUACUUCACAAAACAGGGCCCUAAAAUACGUACCUGGACUGGUUUCGAUCAAUGUCUGCAGGAGAUUUUGUGGAUAUUUAAGUUAUAAUUAGAAAAACCUUAAUGAUCAUUCAUAAAGGAAACAGCUUAUAAGAAGUAAAUAAGGAGGCCAGAUAUAGGAUAAAGGAAGUCUUUUAUUUGGUUGGUUGUGUUGUUGUAUGUUAUGCUUGUUGUAUUUCUGUAUUGGGGGGGUGGAGGGUUUAUGUUACGUUGUAAAUAAAAUUUCUAAUAAAAAUUCAAAAAAUUAAAGAAAAGACAGCAAUAAGGACCGUGCUAAUCUUCUCUGUAUCGUUCCAGUUUUAGUAACAUGCUGCAUAUACAGAAACAAUGUACUGUAAUGAACUCACUUGCAGGAUUUGAUUAAGACACUUAACAAAUAGAAAAUAUAAAUAGGAGGGUAAAAUGUUAAGAACAUGUCAAUAAGGUAGGAUUUCAAUUUCAAUAUACAAGGUAUAGAAAAUUACAUGCAGAAGAAAUGAAUAAGUGAUAAACCAGAAAGGGAAGUUGGGGGAAGGGGAAUAGAAAUGUAAAAUGCAAUUUGUGUUUUUAUUUUGUUUUUAUUUAGUAUUGAUUAUUGUAAAUUUUGUUGGAAAACUUUUAAUAAAAAUAAUUUUGAAAAGAAAAGAAAAGGCAGCCUGAGGAGAGCCAGCAGGAUUUGGCCAAUGGCCCACCUUGGCCAGCAUCCUGUUCCCCCAGACACCCAUGAUGGGAAACCCCCAAGUGGGAUCCGAGUGCGAGAGCAACCCUCUCUCCUCCUGGGGUUUCCAUAGACGGGAUUCAAAGCGUUUCUGCCUGUGACUGGGGAGGGCAGAGAGGAGCCAUCCUGGCCAGGAGCCAUCGAGAGCCGCCUCCGCAAAUUUGUCCGCCCUUCUGCUGAAGCCACCUAGGCCUCCUGUGGCAGGGAGUUCCGCAGUUUAACAAUGUGCUCUGGCUUCUCCUCCCCCCUGCCUUGUUCUGAUCCCACUUCUGCCCCCUCCCUCUCUCUCUUGCCAAGUCAAGGCCUUCCCCGGCCGGCUCCUGCUGUGGGAUUCGGGAAGCCCCGACUUGUCGCUGCCGGGCAUCACCUCAGCCGAGUCGCAGCUGCCGUGGGUCACCCUCCAGAUCCAGAGAUCGGUAAGGGACGCCCCCCUCCCCAAUUGGCUGAAGGCUCUAUGGGUCCCCAUUUGCAGCAGCCAGCUCCUUGUGUGUCCCCCCCCCCCGGCCUUCGUGGUCAGCGGCUUUUAGGGAUUCUUCCCCUACCCUCUGCCCUCCCCACCAAGUCCUGGAUUAUUCAUUUGUUUCAUACAAUUCAUUUUUUUUCCCUUUUUAAGCCAUUCUGGGGGGCUUUCCCCUUUAGCUCAGAGGAAGAACAGAAUAGAAUAGAAUAGAAUUUAUUAUUUAUACCCCACCCAUUUGGCUGGGUUUCCCAACAAAGUAUUAAAAUACAGUAGUCUGUUAAACAUUAAAAGCUUCCCUAAACAGGGCUGCCUUCGGAUGUCUUCUAAAAAUCUGGUAGUUGUUUUUCUCUUUGACAUCUAACGGGAGGGAGUUCCACAGGGCGGGUGCCACUACCGAGAAGGCCCUCUGCCUGGUUCCCUGUAACUUCACUUCUCACAGUGAGGGAACCGCCAGAAGGCCCUUGGAGCUGGACCUCAGUGUCCGGGCAGAACGAUGGGGGUGGAGACGCUCCUUCAGGUAUACUGGGUUGAGGCCGUUUAGGGCUUUAAAGGUCAGCACCACCAGUUUGAAUUGUGCUCGGAAAUGUACUGGGAGCCAACGUAGGUCUUUCAAGACCGGUGUUAUGUGGUCUUGGCGGCCGCUCCCAGUCACCAGUCUGGCUGCCGCAUUCUGGAUUAGUUGUAGUUUCCGGGUCACCUUCAAAGGUAGCCCCACGUAGAGCACAUUGCAGUAGUCCAAGCGGGAGAUAACCAGAGCAUGCACCAGUCUGGUGAGACAGUCUGUGGGCAGGCAGGGUCUCAUCCUGCGUACCAGAUGGAGCUGAUAAACAGCUGCCCUGGACACAGAAUUAACCUGUGCCUCCAUGGUCAGCUGUGCUUCAGGGGCACAGUGGCCUUAUUCAGGACCAGGGAAUCCUCCACACCCGGCCGCCUCCUGUCCCCCAAAAACAGUACUUCUGUCUUGUCAGGAUUCAACCUCAAUCUGUUAGCCACCAUCCAUCCUCCAACCGCCUCCAGGCACUCACACAGGACCUUCACCGCUUUCACUGGUUCUGAUUUAAAGGAGAGGUAGAGCUGGGUAUCAUCCGCAUACUGAUGAACACCCAGCCCAAACCCCCUGAUGAUCUCUCCCGUGGCUGCAUGUAAAUGUUGAAAAGCAUGGGGGAGAGGACAGAACCCUGAGGCACCCCACAAGUGAGAGCCCAGGGGUCUGAACACUCAUCCCCCACCACCACUUUCUGAACAUGGCCCAGGAAGGAAGAGGGGGGAGCCAGUCCAUGGCAGUAGCCCCUUCGCUGAGAGCAGUGGUCUGGGACUUGGGGGGGGGGCAUGGUGGGAAUUCGGAGCUCCAUUGUGGCCUGCUUCUCUCCCCCCCCCCACUUCCAACUUUUUCUCUCCAGUUCCAACACAUCCUGGGGCACCUCGAUGGCUACCUGGGCUCUUCUGCCAGAGACCUGACGUAAGUGAGGGGCUGGGAGGGGGGGUUGCAUGUCGGGGGGGGGUCAGGGUGCUUGGGGUUGGGUUCCUGCCCCCCACCUCUAAAACGAGGUGUCCAUGUGCAUCCAUCUGCCUGCUUGCCACUGUGGGGGGUGAUCAUGGCAAGACUGAUAUCAUAGAAUGGUGGAGUUGGGGCCCCAAGAGGUCCUCUAGUCUAACCCGCUGCGAUGCAGGAAUUCACAAGGAAAGCAUCCCUGACAGGGUCAUCCAGCCUCUGCCUUAAAACCUCCAAGGAAGGCGAGUCCACCACCUGCACUAUCAAUUAAUCAUUUUAGUUUUUUAAAUUAUAUUUCUGCGCCAUUUUUCUUUCAGAUGAAUCCCAAAGCAGCUUACAAACAAUAAUUAGCAAUGACAGGGCGGAGCAUCACCGAUCCACAUGAAUCAUAUAGAAUAAUCAACAAAUCAGCCAGGGAAACACUUGCAAUCUAUAAUUCGCUGCUAACAAGGCAACGACUCAAAAAUAAGCUAAACGUCACACAGCCCUGUCAUGUGAUUAAUAAAUCAAUAUAACAUUUAUACUCCAUGAAACAGUAUUAAUGACAUUAAUGGAAUAGUGGCCAGGAGAUAAACUAAACACACUCCCUGCCCCACGGCUCAUAAUAUUCCACUUUUCAGCGCAUUAAAAUACCCAUAGCCAGGUGUCUGUGGCAGAGAGACCCCUGAAGGCUCCUGGGGCUGGAGGUGGGGCAGCGCAGGUGAAACCAACCCCCCCAUGGCAAACGGCGUCUCUCUCACCCCACAUGCGCCCCCUUGACCGCUGGGAUCUGCUCCAGGGGCCACAUCCUGCCCUUUCCCUGCAUUUCAUGUGGCAGCGCCUGCCCUUGGGAACUCCCUGCCUCUUGACCUCAACCGGUCGCCUUCCCUGUACUCUUUCUGGUGCCUGCUAUAAACAUCCUUCUAUUGACAGGCCCACUCGGAUGCCCAGAACGUUGAGGUGGCUUUAAUCUGUUUUAGUAUUCUAAUUUUCGUAUGUUUUAAAGUGUGGCUGCAAUUUUUUCGUUUUGAGUUUUGCUUUUCCCCCCUCUCCAGUCAAGCAGUGUAUAAAUUUUAUGAAAUAACUAAAGAAAUUAAGUUUUUUUGGGGGGGAAAUUAUUAGGCAUAUCAACAUAACAUUUUAUCCAAAAUACAUCAUCCUCAUUACCCCUCCCCCCUCCCCAAAAAGAAAAAACCCAUGAGACUCAGUUCCUCUCUUUGGUUUCUCAGCACGUUAUUCUCUGCAUGUUAUAAAAUUGUAAAAAUCCUUAAUUGAUCUAUCAAUAUGUUACUAAAGAAAUAAAUAAGACCGGGGAGCUGGCAGUCCCGGAUCAUUGCCUCCCUCUGCUUCCUCCGUAUCCACAAAGCACAUUUUCUGGGCGCCCACAGAGCUUUGUAAACCGGGCCACAGCCCUGUAAGGCAGGCUGGUUUGGAGGGCGGCUGUUCACCCCAGUGAAGGUAGGUGAUGGAGGGGGGAGGAAGGGAAUGGGGGGGUUGGGGCUGGGGCAGGCGGACGCCCCCCUGACCCCACCUCACCUGUCGCUCCCCAGGUGGCCCAGCUCCGAAGUGACCCUGUUCCACCAUUUCUCCGCACGGGCGCCAGUCACCAGCCGGCAGGUGGCGGAGGCCGUGGCCACCUUCCGGGCACAGUGCCACGAAAGCAGCCACAUGGGCCCCCCCGCAUGUGCUCUCCUGCGCAAGGCGGGCCCCUACCAGAGUGAGUGGAAGGGAGCGGGGGGGGGGUGUCCCGGGAAAAGGUCCGGGUCUGUCAGGGCAAGGGAGGCGGGGGGGGGGGCUGGCAGGCCUGGCGCUUGCGAAGGCAGGAGGGGUUUCCCCAGCCACUCUGGGCGGCUUCGAACAGAACACUAAAAGCAGAAUAAAACUUCAAACAUUAAAAAGCUUCCCUAAACAGGGCUGCCUUUAGAUGUCUUCUAAAAGUUGUUUUUCUCUUUGACAUCUGGUGGGAGGGCGUUUCACAGGGCGGGUGCCACCACCAAGAAGGCCCUCUGCCUGGUUCCCUGUAGCUUCACUUCUCGCAAGACCCUCGGCGCUGGACCUCAGUGUCUGGGCAGAAUGAUGGGGGUGGAGAUGUUCCUUCAGGUCUACUGGGCCUUUGAGGCCGUUUAGGGUUUUCAAGGUCAGCACCAACACUUUGACUUGUGCUCAGAAAUGUACUGGGAGCCAGUGUAGGUCUUUCACGUUAUGUGGUGUCUGCAGCCACUCAGUUCCCAGUCUAGCUGCCGCAGACUGUUGGGGGGGGGGUCCUCCCUGCGACUGGGCUGCCCUCCUUUAGAAAAGGACAUUGCAGAGUUGGAAAAGGAUUGCAGAAGAGCCUGACUUUGGGGACUUUUAGUUUGGGGAAAAGGGUAGUAAGAAACACGCCAUGAUCAGAGUUAUAACCUGUAAAAUUCAGAGAAAUAAUUCGUAACACGGAGAAAGCCAAGAGGGAGAAGCUUUUCUCCCUCCUAGUGCUAAAGUCUGGGGCAUCCUAUGAGUCAGAUAAAGGAAAGCGGAGUUGAACUGUGGGACUCCCUGCCUCAUGAGACGGGGAUGGCUUCAAAAGAGGAUAAGGGAAAUUCAUGGAGGAGGAGGAGGAGUUGGAGGGGAGAGCUGCUCUUGUGCUGGGAUCCUGCCUGCGGAUCUCCCCCCGGAGGCUGGUCUCGCUUGGCCCCUUUGGGCCGGAUCCUGCAGCCUCCGCUCAGCCCCGGCUGCCCUGCCUCUCUCUCUCCCUCCACAGGCCUGAGCCUCUGCCUCUUUGACGUCUGCGACUCCCUCUCCACCAGCUGCUCCUUCCAAGACGGCCUCCUCCGAUGCACCUGCCGGCCCGGCCACUUCCAGGCGCACCCAGCCGACCGCACCUGCGCAGGUGUGGCUCCCCUGGGGGGGGGGAGGGAGGGAGCCUGGGCCGGCCCUCCAAGGGGUUUCCAGGCUCCCAGCCAGAUGGGAGGGGCAGGGACCCAGCACCCCCCACCCUGAAACCCUGGGAGGCAGAGGAGACCCCCAGUCAGAGGUGGGGUGGGAGGGGAUCCUCCCUUAAGGACGUGUGAACUGGCCCCUUGGUCAUCACUGCCUGGAUGGGUGGGAAGGGGGGUCGUGGGGCAGAGCACCACUUGGGGGGCACGUCAAUUCCCUUUGUCUGGGAUUCUUCAGCUGAGACCUCUGCAUUGCAGGGGGUUGGGCUGGAUGACCCCUGGGGUCCCUCCUGCGAUUCAUGCUUGUUCUCUCUCUUCUCCCUCCUGCGCCCCAAAGAAUGCAGCAGUGGAUUUUGGCUGCAGAACGGCACCUGCACCAGGUGAGUUUCCCUGGGGGGGGGUCCCUGUGGCGACUUGCCAGGGGCGGGGGCACCUCCUUCCACCUCCCUCUGAAAGGGAGCCCCCCAGCAGGGCCUGAGCGCAGCGGCCCCCUCCCCAGACCCCCCUCACUUAUUGUGGCUGUUACUCCCCCCCCCCAUAAAAUAACAAGCCAGCAGCAAGCAGUGGCGUAGCAAGGUCAGCUGGGACCCGGUGCGGAAAAUUUAUUGUCACCCCCACCCCAAUUGAAAUUAUUAAAAGAAGGGAAAAUAAGAGACUUGGGCAGGUGUCCCAUUUUGAUGCCCUGGCUCCAUCCCAAGAGGUCUCUGGCCAUGUGCAGAAUUCCUCUGGGGUUCCGGCAGGGAAAAGUCCCUGCAGGCUGCAAAAGGCUCCCUUUGAGACGACCUUGGAGGUUUCUUGCAACAUUUUAUGACCGCUCUCUAUCUCCUCUGCUGAGGUGGCUCCUGGCUGGACCUGCCCUGGGGGGCAAACUCCAUCUCCCUGCCUUCUGCUCCUCCUGGCUUUUUCUUUUUUUGGGGGGGGGGUGGCUACCAGGGAGUGCCUUUUGCAGCUGCUUCCAUUUCUGACCUCCUCUCUUCUUCUUCUUCUUCCUCCCUCCCUGAACUGCCCCCUCCAGGACCAGGUGGGCUCCAGGGUCUGGGCAGAAGCUGCAGGGGCUUCUCCCACCUCAUUCUUCCCCUGAGCCAGCGGCUGAAGGGGACCUGGAGGCCGUAGGAUGAGACCCAAGGGGCCCCACCUGCUCCAGCCUCCUCUUCUCGUCCCUUUUCUUAAAAUACAUUUUUAUCGGGAUUUUUAACAUAUCAUUUCCAACAAUCAUAUAACAUAACUUCUUGUCUUAUACAAUAUUUUAGACUUCCAUCAACACCUCUGAUGAUUUUUCGUUCUUUAUCACUUAUUCUGCAUUUCUUAAUUUCUCUAUUACUCCUAAUUAUCAUUAACUAAUAACUCUCCUGAUCGUCUUUCUUGCAAUCUUUCAAAUAGUCCUCCUUACAAAACUUCUUGCAGUCUCUAGCCUCCUCUUCUCACGGGGGCCACCCAGAUGCCCCCAAGGGAAACCCACAAGCUCAUGGCUACCCAUCACCCUCUCACAGCAUUGUCCAGGUGGGAGGGACCCCCAAAGGCCAUCUAGUCCAACCCCCUGCAAUGCAGGAAUCUCACCUAGAUCACGCAUGACAGGCGGCCAUCCAACCUCCUUCAUGAAUUUGUCUCCUCCUCUUUUCAAGCCAUCCAGGUUGGUCGCUGUCACUUUCUCCCGCGGCAGAGUUCCACAGGUUAACUGUAUUGCAUGAAGGACUUUAUUUUAUCCAUUUGAACCCCAGGUUCCCCUGUAAUGAGAGAGACUCCUCUCUCUGCCUUCUCCAUGCCAUUCCUCAUUUUGUAAACUUCUUUAUUUUUAUUUUUUUUAAAUGCUUUUUAUUGAGUUUUCUUUAACACAAACAAAACAAAAUAAAUGCACUGAAGUUCUACAAUCCUAUGUACACUUAUUUUCCCAACGCUCCGUCGAGCACAGACUUCCCUCCCUCCCUUCAACAAGUUUUCAUAGUAAUCUUUCAUUUUUCGCAGGUUCUCCAUAACAUCCUAUUCACAUCAUAAGAUUUAUUUUAAUCCUACUACAGUUUUUAACCUUCUACAAUUAUUACGUAUAUACUCCACAAAUUUACUCCACUCACUUCUGAACUUAGUUUCCUCUUGGUUACGGAUCCUGCGGGUCAGUUUGCUAAUUCCACAUAUUCAACCAUUUUUGUCUGCCACUCCACUAAUGUUGGUACUUCCUGAGUUUUCUAUUUUGGGGCUACUAAGACUCUGGCGGCAGUCGUAGCACACAUGAAUAAUCUCUGGUCUGCAUUUCUUAUUUCAGCUCCUAUCAACCCCGGCAAAAAAGCUUCUGGGUUUUUUGGGGAAUGUAUAUCUGAACAAUUUUUUCAAUUCGUCUUAAAUCAUAUCCCAAUUGUUUUUUUCAUUUUCUCACAUGUCCACCCCAUGUGAAAAAAAUCUCCAUCCUUCGCUUUACAUUUCCAACAUAUAAACUUCUUUCGAUGAGAUUUCUGCCCUGCAAGGGGGGGGCUCCCUUCCAACUCCCCCAUUCUAUGACCCUACCUGCCUUAACCUUCCAUCCCCUUUUCUCUCCCAGGUGUCCAUUUGGGUUCGGUGGUGCCGGCUGCCAGGAGCGUAAGUGCCCUCCCUGCCCCCUGCCCUCAUGGGGCAAGUUGGUGCCCAUUUCCCCCCACCUCCUUAAUCCCCCCUGGGCAAAGGGGCAUGAGGGGGGGCCCUGCAGUGGCUGGAUCAGGCCAGAGGGACCCCCCUUGGCCAGCGUCCUGUCCUCCCCAUGGCCAACCAGUGGCUCCUCUCUGGGGAGCAUAAGAGCCCUUCGGGGGGGGGGGGCCUUGGGCUCACCUGGUUCCCCUUUGGGGCUGACUCCUCUCUGCCCCCCCCCCAGCCUUCCUGCUGGCCUUGGUGGUCGUCUCUGGCCUCGCUGGUCUCCUCCUGCUGCUGCUCAUCGCUGGGUCUCUUUCCAGGUAAGGGGGGUGUGCGUCUCCCCAGGAAAAAUCCCGCUCUCUGGCUACAGACCAGUUUGCCUCUUGCUCUCCCUGGAAGCCGCAGGAGGGGAGACAGCUGGUUCUGAGUGCGAAUCCUGAUAGAGGGUUUCCCCUAAUGGGCAUCUGGUUGGCCCUUGUGAGAAGAGGAGGCUGGACCUGAUGGGCUUGAUCCUGAAGCCAGGCUUGUCUUAUGCUCUUUUUUUAAAAAAUAAAAUUUUAUUAGUUUUACAUGAAGGUUAUGCACCAUAACCUUUCACACAUUAAAAAGGGGUUCUUUCGAACCUUGAAACCUCCUUCCUUCCCUCCCUGGGUUCCAAUUCUAAAUUUUAUUCCUGCAUCUUUUGCUGAGUGCAAUCUGUCUGUUAUAUAAUCACAGUAUCCAAAAUCCUUGUUACGUUACAAGUGUCACUGUAUUCCUGCCAAUGGUUUCAACUGUUUACAGUGGUCUCUCAAAUAUGUUAGAAAGUUAUUCCAGUCUUUUAAGAAUACUUGGUCUUCCUGGGUUCUGAUCUCUCCCUUCAGUCUCGCCAUUCCUGCAUAUUCCAUCUUCUCUGCUCGGUCUUUCUCCUUCUUUCCAUCUCUGUGCUAAGAGCAUCCUUGCUGCUGUCACUGCAUACAUAAGCAGUCUUUUAUUUUCUUUUGGUAGUUCCGCACCUAUAAUGCCUAACAAAAAAGCCUCUGGUUUGGGGACAAAAAUCAUCUUAAACAUUUUUUUCCAACUCGUUAUAUAUCAUUUUCCAGAAAGCUUUUACCACCCCAUCGUCUUGUGCUCUUAACUCUCCUCGUCGCUCUGAUUCCUUCAUUGCAUGUUCUUUCUCCUCGUGCAGAAGAACACAACUGGCCUCCUUGCCUUGGGGAGGGGGGGGCUUUUGGGGGGACAUUGCUGGCCCCUACCCUUGGCCCAUGAGGGGAGACUCAACACAGCAUCAGGGUGCCCGCCUGGAAACCAAUGCCCCCCCCCCCCGUGGAAAGAUGUGUGGAUCCAGAAUUGGCCUCCACAGUCACUUACGAACUCAUUGUUCAAACCAUGUUGAUAGAUAGAUAAUUUAUUAUGGUCAUAUUACUGCUGAUAAAACACACCUGGGGGUACAAUCCCAGAAGGAAAACAAACAUUUAAAAUGAUGUACAACAAUAAAUUUAAAAUUUAUAAAUGCAAUAAGCGUAUAGACACUUAAAACUUUAAGAUAAGCUACCGCAGAGAGAUGACCCAGAGUCACCCAUGGAACCGAGUUUGGGGAUUUUCUUAACGAACUAGUUUGGGUCGGGGGGUGGUCUGUGCCUACAGAUCUGUACACAGAAUCUGGCGACCAUCCGGGUCGUCUUCUGAUCUUUGCCUAACAGGAAAAGGUCAAUUUUUUGCUUUUCCGGGAGGUCAGCGAGCCUCACCAGCAGGAGAUCAAUGGUUUCACUACGUGCCUCUUCCUAAAAAGGACAUCUAAAGAACGAGUGCUCUGGGCUUCCUAUCUCCCCCAAUGAACAGGCGCAAAGUCUCUGAGCAUGUGGGACUUUUUUAAAGGCUCCUUCCAGGACCGGCGAGGGCAGAACUUCUGACAAGUGUAAAAGCCCUUCUUGCAUUUUUGGAUAAGAGAAAGAAGAGCUAUGCUGCCGGUGUGGCUAUAUAUCUCUCGAUUUCUCCAAUUUUAUAGAACCAUCUUACUCGGCUACGAGGGAUCGCCAAAGAAAGAAAAAGAAGCAAAGUGUCUCUUUUGGGGGGGGUGGAAAGAAAGACCCCCUUCUUCCCUAGCAAGCAAUUGGGGGAGGCUGAGCUGGCCAGGAGCCUUACUCUGGAGGACAUGGGGCUCCUCUUCCUCUUCCUCUUCCUCCUCCUUGGACCUCUCCUCCCUCCCCUGGGCUGCCCUCCCUCCCUCUCUCUUUCUCCCCUCCCCACAGAAGCACCCGGCCCCCCAAGGAGGACCUCAAGGAGACCCCUGAGGCCCCGCAGCUUCCCCUGCACGCCUCCUCCACCUUGAGCCUGCCCCGCGUGAGGCCUCCGUGGACCCUGGAGGAGGCCGAGCUGAGGAGAGGGGACCGCCUGUCCCUCUGGGGCCCGGUGAGCAUUGGCUGGGGGGGUCGGGGGGGGUCUGUCUUCUGUAACUCAGCCAAGGGGCACCUGGCGGUCUUCCCUGCCUUGGUUUUCACAAGAAGGGCAAAGAAGGGGGCAAGGCAGGAACACUCCCCUCCCCACAUGCCCACCCCUGUGCCCGAGAGGGGCAGGGUGCCCACUGCUAAGGGGGGGGGGUGAGCACUGGAGAAGCUGGUCAAGCAAGGAUGGGGCAGCCAGGAGCCAGUCCAAGACCCCCUCCCUUCAUUUUGAAGGGAGCACAAUUCAAAGUGUUGGUGCUGACCUUGAAAGCCCUCAACGACCUCAAGGGCCCAGUAGAUCUGAAGGAGCAUCUCCAUCCCGGACACCGGGGUCCAUCUCCCAAAGGCCUUCUGGCGGGUCCCUCCCUGCAAAAAGUGAGGUUACAGGAAAUCAGGCUGAGGGCCUUCUCGGUGGUGGCACCCACCCUGUGGAACACCCCCCCCCCCAUCAGAUGUCAAGGAAAUAAACUACCAAACUUUUAGAAGACAUCUGAAGGCUGCCCUGUUUAGGGAGGCUUUUAAUGUUUGAUGUUUUAUUCUGUUCUUAAUGUUCUGUAGGGAGACACCCAGAGUGACUGGGAAACCCAGCCAGAUGGAUGGGGUAUUAAUAAUAAUAAUAAUAAUAAUAAUAAUAAUAAUAGUAGUACUUAUACUCCACCCAUCCAGUUAUACUUAUACUCCCUCCACCAAUACUUAUACUUAUCACCCAGUCCAAGCGGGAGAUAACCAGAGCAUGCACCACUCUGGCGAGACAGUCUUCCAGCAACUCCUGCAGCCCAGCUGGUGCCAAACGCCUUGCUCUGCUUUCCUUGGGACCCCUUCAGCCUGGCAAGAGGGGGGCCUUGCAACCUGGGCAGGCCAGGACCCCCAGGCCCCCUGCCCAGGCUUGCAUCCCAGAGAGUUCACUCUGGGGCUGCUCAUGCCGCUGUUCCACCCCCAGAGGUACACUCCAUUGUCCCUUGAGACAGAGGGAUGCUGCCCACAUCCCUGCCUGUGGGCCAUGUUGCAGGUUGGCGGCGAAGGAAGUCAAGUUCCCCUGGAGGGUCCAAAAUGUGUCCCCCCUCCACACACACCCAAAUCCUUAGUUUAGUCCAGAGGUCAGCCUGUCCCUCUGGCAGCGCAGGUGGGAUCCUUGACAGGAGAUGUGGGGCGCUGCCUGUCCCGCCCCCUGAGCCCCAUUCCUCUUGUGCCUUGCAGGACGUGGGGCAGCGCCCGGCAAAUGCCCCCCGGCUGAAGACGUUCCUGGGGUCCUCGAGCUCCCUGCCCUCCCCCCCACAGCCGCUGGGCGGCUGCCACAACCUCGUCUUUGUCAGCGACGCCGCCGAGGAGAAGGACAGGAGGAGCUAUUUCUGA